AUGCCCACGCCAAGACUUCUUCAGGCGGCGUCAUGUUUUGCCGCUUUCGGACUCUCCAACGUCAACUUCGACGCUGCGACGACGACAAAAACAUCUCAACUCCGGCAUCAAACAGCCAUCUUCACCUAUAACCGCAUUUCUUUUUCUUUUGCGCUUCCAUUUGUGUCUUAUCUUCCUCUUCUCUCGUUGAUAUUGUUAAUUCUUAAUCCCCGGAACCUCCAUUCGUUGUCCUCGCGUGCUGGUGUGAUGUACUCGUUUCCCACCGGCCAGCCAGGCCAGCAGCAGCAGUAUGGCGGCCAGCAACAACAGCAGUAUCCAGGCUUCCAGCAGCCGCAGCAGCAGCAGCAACAACAGCCUGGACCUUUCAUGCCUCAACCUACCGGCUAUGGAAUGCCCCAGCUCCAACCUCAGGCCACCGGUUUCCCUGGCGCCUUGCAGCAGCCGCAACAACACCAGCAGCAGGCUCCCCCUUUCCAGUCCUCCCUCCAACCGCCGCAGAUGACGGGCUAUCCUACCCAGCAGAACUCGAGUUUACAAGUGCCGCAGCCCACCAGCCAGGCUCCCCAGCCUACGGGCCAUACGUCGUCGCAAAUGGCGCAGUCGUUUCAAAAUAUCUCCGGGCAGGCUCCCGCGGCUCCUGCGAGGAGUGCGCAUGCUGGGUCAAAGAUACCGCCGAUGCGUUUGUCGUUUAUAACGGUGCAGGACCAGGCCAAGUUUGAGCAGCUGUUCAAGUCCGCUGUUGGAGAUUCGCAGUCAUUAGAUGGUGAGGUACUCUCAGAUACUACCAAGUCCGGCCGUCUUAUGUUUCCAGAGUUUGCGCUGGCCAUGUACCUGUGCAACCUCCGAAUAACAGGUCGCGAUUUACCUGCUACACUACCCGAUCGUAUCAAGAAUGAAGUCUCAAGCAUGGUCGACAUCAUCUCCUUUGCUGUGCCUGACGAUCACCCACCACAGGCACCCCGAUCAAACGCCCCCAACUUUGACCAGCCAUUGAUGCAGAAUACCUCCGCUCCUCCUGCGCCGCAACAACCACAGCCCCAGCAACCCUCUAACUCACAGCUUCUCUCACAAUUAACUGCCCAACCAACAGGUUUCUAUAACCAGGCUACUGGCUUUCAACCACCCAGUGCUAUGCAACCCCAGCCAACAGGGUUCCCAGGUGGUCUACGACCCCAGGUCACUGGCAUGCCGCAAAACCCCCAAGCCACCGGAUACUCAGGUCCCCGACCACCAAUGCCACCCAUGCCAGCUUCAUUCACUGCUGGACUAACCCCUGGUCAGACCGGUGGUGCUGCCCCAUUAACCGCCCAACCGACAGGGAUGCCUGGCCAGUGGGGAUUUGUCAAUGCACCAGCCACAGGAUUACCUAACAUUGAAGCACUCCAGCAGAGACUCAUGCCACAGGCCGGAAGGGAAACCGGUACAUUUACCACUGCCGGACUCGCUGGAAAUGCUACUAUUCCAUGGGCCGUCACUAAGGACGAGAAGAAAAUCUAUGAUGAGCUUUUCCGUGCCUGGGAUGGUUUAGGAAAGGGUUUCAUUGGUGGAGAUGUUGCCAUUGAGAUUAUGGGCCAGAGUGGAUUGGAACGUCAACACCUAGAACAGAUUUGGACCCUUUCCGAUCCCAAUAAUAGAGGCCGUCUAAAUAAGGAUGAAUUUGCCGUGGCCAUGCAUCUUAUUUACAGGAAACUUAACGGCUAUCCAAUUCCGAACAGACUUCCUCCGGAGCUUGUGCCGCCAUCAACUCGGAAUCUUAACGAUUCCAUUGGGGCCGUCAAGUCGAUGCUUUCCCAGGAUGCAGAAGCUAGGAAAUCUUCUGGCGCAUUCUUGCAGCCCCAGAAGACUGGUGUUAGUUACUUAAAGACUCACUCCUUUAAUAAUUCUGGAUCUGGUGGCGCUGGCUAUCCAAGGAAAGACGCCACUGUCUUCAAGAACAACGAUGAUGCCGUUGGAUACAAGUCAAGUGCUCGUCGUCGCAUUGGUGCCGGCCGGACUCCCUCACCGGCUACUUCCGUGCAGUCAGAGAAAUCUGACGACGACUUGUCCGUCGAGCAACUGAAGAAGAAAAUCCGAGAAACCAAGAUCAUGCUUGAUGCUACGGAUUUCAGAGACGAGAGCCAUGCCGAGGAAGAGCAAGCGAUGGAUCGCAGGGACAAGAGGGAGGCAGAGUCUCUCAUGGACAGAAUUCGCCGAGUUCAAGAUGACAUUGACACCGAUCCAAAGGCCUCGCUUAGAAAUCUGGAUUCUAGUGCUGAGCGUCGUAGCAUGCGCCGCCAGCUGCAGGCUUAUCAGGACCAACUUCCAGAGCUGGCCUCCAAUGUACGCAAGACUGAACGAGCUAUUGCUGACUGCAGGCUUGAGCUUUUCAGGCUGAAGGAUGCAAAAGAACACCCAGGAAGUGCAUUGGAAAUCAUCGGCACUGGUCCAGGCGGUGCGAUCACUGAGAGUGAUCGUAUCAAGGCCCGUGCUCGUGCAAGGAUGCAAGCCAGAGCUGCUGAACUGGCUGGCCGACCUGCCCCUGCCGCUGCAGAUGAAGGUGCUGCAGCUCGCAGAUUGGAAGAGGAAAGAAGCAAGAUUAAUUCUGAACGUGAGCGUAACGAUGCCAUGACUAGGGAUGUGGAGGAGAGCGUCAAGGAGUUCUCUGCCAGUCUUGAGGAUAGUCUUAAGGGUGACAAUGAGAAUUCUACUCGUGAACAUGAGCGACGGCGUUGGGAGGAAGCCCUCGGGGUUGAAGAUCAGAUCAGAGACCUCAUAUAUGACCUUCAGCGAAAUCGUAAGACAGCGAAGAUCAGAAAAGAGGAGUUAGUAACCCCCUUACUUUACAACAUACAUCAUUCCUGGCUAACAAAUGUCAUCUACAGGGAGAGAGAGAGAGCGAGCCGUGAAGCUUCUAGUGCAAACCAAUAUGGAAGCCAGGCUGAGAUCCAAUCCAGACCAAGUCCUGAGCCUCGCUCUUCAUCUCAGUCGCCAUCUCUUGUCGGAACAACGCACGAGCAAAGAGUGGCUGCUGCCAGGGAGCGAGCUCAGCGACGUAUUGCUGAACGGAUGGCUGCAGCUGGUCUCAAGCCAGCUGAUGCUGGAGAAUCUUUCAUGGAACGACAAGAACGUGAGAAGCGAGAAAGGGAAGAAAGACGCCUACGCGCCGAGGAAGAGGAUGCUAAGCGCGAACAAGAGAGACAGCGGAGGCUAGAGAGUGAGCAGGCCCCUGCUCCUCCACCAGCAAAGGCUGGACCAAAGAAAGCUCCACCACCUCCUCCAUCUCGCAAAGCCAGAUCGGAUUCUGCCGAGCAGAAUGAGACGAAGAAGGCCGAGGAGGAAGCCCUUGCUAUCAGAGCUAAGGAAGAGCAGGAAGCCGCUCUUAGACAGGAACAACAGGCUCAGGAGGCUGAGACGGAACAACUAGAGGACGAGACUAGGAGACAAGAGGAAGAACUUGCUCGUGAGAAAGAAGCUGCUCAGGCCCGACUCAAGGCUUUGGAAGAGCAGGUCCGCCAAGGCAAGAUCAAGAAACAGGAGCAGAAACGCCGCAAGCAGCAGGCAGAACAAGAAGCCAGGGAGAAGGAAGCUAAGCUUGCAGCUCAGAGAGCUGAGUUGGAAGCUGCGCAAGAACGCGAGCGUGAAUUGCAGCGACAGCUUGAGAGCCUUGGAGAUGAGGAAUCCUCUUCAGAUGAUGAAGGCCCUGGAUUCGUUACCCCUGAGGAUACUACCACGCCUACCCAAAGCCAAGUCCUGGAGGAGCCAAAGGCUACAAUCCCUUCGCCUGCCCUACCAGAACCAGUAGCACGGCCACCACCAGCACCUCAUAUCCCUGAAAUCAUAACAGAGGAAGAUGGCACGCAGGUAUUCCGUCCUCAAUCCCCUGAGCCUAUUAUCCAUCCAGUCAUGAGCAAGCCCAUCGUUCCUGAAACCGAGUCAAGGAACCCUUACUUCCGUCAACUCAGCCAGUCGUCUUCCGAGCCCGCAGCUGCAGAGACACCGGCACCACCAGCACCAGAAACCCAGUCAACCAACCCAUUCCACCGCCUUGCCCAAGACAACGCCAAAUCAGCUUUCUCGGUGGGAACCGCGGCCCUUCCCGGUCCACUCGAGCGUAAAUCUCGAGCUCGUCCUGAAGAAGAUGAUGAUUGGUCCGUCGCCGAGUCCGAGAACUCAUCUGACGACGACGACCGUGCUGCUGGCGGCAGCGCUAAGCAACUAGCCAGCAUCCUCUUCGGAACCAUGGCUCCUCCACGCCCUCUAAGCGCAAUGGAUGAGCCUCAAGAUUCGAAGGCUGCCACUCCACAACCAACCCAUAGCCCAAUUCCUCCUCCCCCGGCACCCCCAAUGCCCGCUUCCCCUAUCCCAACGGAGCAGAAAGACGAGGAACCAUUCCAAGAAGCACAAGAAACUCCAUCCAUGCCUCCUCCCGCACCUCCGCUCCCUGAUAUGGCUGCUCCAUCUGCUCCUCCGCCCCCUCCACCACCUCCGCCAGGCGGUGCUCCACCCCCACCGCCUCCUCCACCACCUCCUCCAGGCCCUGCCCCUGGCGGCGGACCCGGUGGCCCCAUGGGCAUGGGACGAGGUGCAUUGCUAGGAGACAUCCAAGCAGGAAAGGCUUUGAAGAAAGUCGUCACCAAGGACCGAAGCACGGCAAUAUCGGCCGGUCGUGUGUUUUUCGCUGUGAAUGUACUUCUUGUUUUCAUCGUUGUCGUCUCUCGCUAUAACCUGCUUCUUUUAACAUAUUUUGCUUGGAAAGAGAAAUAA